AUGGCAGCCACCAUAAGUUCAAAAGCAAACGAGACAUCAGACCUCUCCCAAUCGGCACUCGUAAUGUCAUCCGCUCUUAAUAAAAUCGCAACAUCUCUCGACACCAUCUCCGCCGAACUGGGGCUCAUGCAAGGCGCCGCAUCCGCAAUGCCUAUGUCUUCAGAAGAUUUCCACGCCGGUAUGAAUGAAAUCAAGGAUAUGCUCAAAAAAGAAUCAGAACUUUCAUUAAUUCGAAUGUUUAACGCGCAAGCAACGAGGAGAGAGCAACUUAGAUUCCCGGUCGAUGGAUUGGGUGAAUUUAUUGAAGGCAAGAAUUCUAUAGCGGAUUUGACUGUCUAUGAUUGUAGAGUCGUGCUGAGUCUUUUGCAGAUUCCAUACAGUGACCAUGCGAGUUUUUUGACCCUACAAGGCCUUAUUACCGAUUAUUUGGCGGCUUGGUAG